UUACAAAAUUCAUUUUGCUGGUCAGGAUGAUAGGUAGAAAGUCCAUCUUUUGCUUCAGAAACUUGAUCCAGCAGAACUCGAUAUCUACUGCAACCUCAUACUACCCCAGAACCAACGCGAAUGCAAAUUUGACGGAACAAUCAAAUCGUUGAGUCAAUAUUUUGGCGAUAAUUCAUUUCUCUUCAACAUCCGCUUUCGAUGUAAGAAGCCAACAAUGAACGACCACAUUGAUUUCCGGACACACGUUGGAGUUGUUAAUCAAGAAUGUGAACAAUUUCGACUGAAGACAUCAUCUGACGAUCAAUUCAAAUCACUGAUCCUUAUAUGCAGUUUUCAUUCUCCGAAAUUCUGUGAUAUUCGCACUCGGUUGCUGAGUCGCUUAGACCAAGAUCCUAAAUUGACUCUUAAUCGAAUAGCAGACGAAUUCCAAUGUUUGGAAACUCUUCGACAUGAUGCCAUAAUGGUUCAGUCUGAUGAAUCCAAUUACGUCUAUGUUGUCCGCCAGUCAUCAAAGUAUUCUUCAUCUCUGAAAUCUGGCCCGACCAAAUCUAAAUUAUCAAAUUAUACAUCUUCCCCGUGUAUGUCUGAUACCUCUCACGAUAUGCAAAAGAUUUCACCUUCACCUUGUUGGCUCUAUGGAGCUGGGCACUACACCAGGUCUUCUGCUGUAGCUUACACCGCUCACAACACAUCUAGUCUACCUAAGAAAAAUUGGUCCCGGAACUACUCCAGGCCGACUGAGAGAUCCAUGCGCAUCACAGCCACAUUUGUAGACAAUGGGUUGCCAAAAAGAAAGUUCCUAACAGUAUCGAUCAACAACUAACCAGUCAGUUUGCAGUUAGACACUGCGUCAGAUAUCACCAUCAUUUCUGACAACCUCUAAGGUGAUAUUGGUUCACUGCCUCUAAAGAUAGCAGCAAUCCAGAUCAGUACG